AUGAAAUUCAGCAAAGAUUUCAAGAGGCAAAUGGUGCCUGAGUGGAUAGAAGCCUAUGUGGAUUACGAUGGCCUGAAGCAUAUUCUACGAGAGAUUUUGCAUUACAAGCUGAGUAAGCGGCAGGAAACCCCCAUGAGAUCCUUGGAGAAGAAGUUGUCCCUGCAUCGAACUCUCAGCGGUCUACAUCGACAUCCGAACGAUCCUCGGAGCAACGGAGACUUGGAGAACCAAGUAACCGGCAAAGGAAGAGCGAUAGAGGUUGAAUUCUUUAGGAGACUUGACGAAGAACUCAACAAGGUCAAUGCAUUUUACAAGGAACAGAUAGAUGCAGUGAUGGAUGAAUCGGCUUUGCUGAAUAAACAACUUGACGCCUUGAUUGCCUUGCGGAUCAAGGUAAAAAGGUCUUGCGGUAACGGUGCAAGUUCGCACGGACAGCGGCCUAGAAUGCCGUUUCGAGAGACCGAGCAGGGUAUGGAUGCAAUAUCUGAAGUGGAAAUGAAUACACAAAGUCCGCUAGAAGUAUCUUCCAACUCUCUUAGUGGAAGUCAAACCAUGAAUGUGAUUCUCGAUGAGAUAAAUCAAGAUGAUGAAUCCGCUGCUGCCUCGGAAAUCAAUACGUUCGAGCAGAGUAGUAAUGGUUGCCAGGAUGCAGGCAAAAACUCUGCUAGGCAACAAGAUGAUCCCCUAGAAAUUCUUGAGAAAGUGAAGAUUAAUAAUACCUUUGAAUCUCCUCUAGAAACCAUAAAAGGUCUUUUCAAGGAUUCCAAAGAUGAUGAGUUGUGUUUCAAGAAGGAUGAACUGAAGAAAGCCGAAGGAAAGCUGAGAGUCGUGUUCAUCGAGUUCUACCAGAAACUAUUGCAUCUAAAGCAAUACAGUUUCAUGAAUCUCUCAGCAUUAUCCAAGAUCAUAAAAUCAUACCAAAAGAUUACAUCAAGAAGGGAAGCAAGAUUGUACAUGAAAAAAAUUGACAAAUCUUAUAUAGGCAGCUGCGAUGAGGCGAAUAAUCUAUUGGAGAAGGUUGAAGCUACCUUCAUCAAGCAUUUUUCGAAUUCGGAUAUACAAGAAGGCAUGAAAUCACUGAGACCAGUAACUAAGAAAGAGAAGCACAGUGUAACAUUCUGGUGUGGUUGUUUUUCCGGUUUUUCAAUCGCAUUGCUCAUUGCUGUGAUUUUGAGAAUCGAAUCAAAGAAGCUAAUGGAGAAGGAGCAGGGUGCCUCCUACAUGGUUAACAUUUUCCCACUUUACAGUUUUUUUGGAUACAUUGUCCUGCAGAUGCUCACAUAUGCUGCAGACAUAUACUUUUGGAAACGUUGUCGAAUCAACUAUCCGUUUAUCUUCGGUUUCAAGUCGGGAACCCAGUUAAGCUAUCGAGAAGUGAUCCUCCUCGGUACAGGUCUUGCUGUACUUGCAUUAAGUUGUUUCCUGGGAAACCUGUACUUAGAUUUGGGCUCGAAAACUCAGAAUUUGAAGACAUUAACUGGACUUUUCCCUCUGGGCUUAGUUGCAAUAGUUCUGAUCAUACUGUUUUGUCCUUUCAACAUAGCAUAUCGCUCGACUCGUUUCUUCUUUAUUAAAUCCUUGUUUCGCUGCCUUUGCGCACCACUUUACAGGGUUACACUUCCUGAUUUCUUCUUGGCAGAUCAUCUUACCAGCCAGAUCCAAGCUAUAAGGAGUCUUGACCUUUAUAUUUGCUACUACGGGUUAGGAGAACGGUCCCAACGGCAAAGCAAAUGCCAUGGCCACGGUGUGUACAAUGCUCUUUAUAUCGUCAUAGCAGUGAUACCAUACUGGCUCCGUUUCUGGCAGUGCAUCCGUCGAUGGUUUGAGGAAAAAGAAGCAAUGCAUGCAUACAAUAGUAUAAACUACAUCUUGACAAUUGUUGCAGUCAUCAUUAGAGGUAUUUUUGAACUAAAGAAGGGAAUGGCUUGGAUAGUGUUGUCCCUGGUAAGCUCAGCUGUUGUAGUAGUAAUCAGUACAUAUUGGGACAUCGUCCACGACUGGGGACUUUUACGGAGGCAUUCAAAGAAUCCUUACCUGAGAGAUAAACUUCUGGUUCCGUACAAAAGUGUCUACUUUGCAGCAAUGGCCCUGGAUAUCGUGUUGAGAGUCAGUUGGAUGCAAUUGGUAUUGGAAUUCAACCUGCAUUCACUUCAUAGGAUGGCAGUAACAACUGUUGUUUCGUGUCUGGAAAUCGUUCGGCGCGGUAUGUGGAGCUUCUUCAGGAUAGAGAAUGAACACUUGAACAACGUUGGCAUGUAUCGAGCAUUCAAAUCGGUUCCGCUUCCUUUCAACUAUAAUGAUGGGGAGGAGGAAGAGGGAUCAAGAAAGGAUGAUUAA